AUGCCGCGCCCGCCCGCAGCUGCCUUGGGCCGCUGUCUGUGCUCCUGCCUACUGCUGAUGGUGCGGACGCCGCUCCCGACCCGGCGCCAAGGGCCGUCGUCAGGCCCAGAUUACCUGCGGCGCGGCUGGCUGCGGCUGCUAGCGGAGGGGCGAGGGGCUGCGUCCCUGCCGGCCAGAAGAGUGCGCCGCGCGCGGGGGUUCUGCCUGGCGGCCUGGGUGCGCGACGCGUCGCGGCUGCUGCUGGGAAUGCGCACAACCUCGAGGCCAGCUCUAGCGACCUGGGACCCCAGUGCUCACUAUCUACGGGGCACCUGCGGCGAGCAGGACUGGAAGAUGACGCGGGCUGGACACAGGCGGCGACCUGAGCCCGAGAGGUGCCCGCUGUGUGGCCUGUCGCUCGCAGAGCCGCUUGUGGUCGCGAUCGAAUGUAAGGCCAUAAAGACUCGGUCCAGUAUACACCCUGCUCUCGCUACUGUCCAUAGAAGCUCCCUGAGUGGGGGUGGGGAGUGGAGUGGAGUGGAGGUCCAGGGCUUCUCCAAGCUGCAUGGCCGACAUGCGCUCUGCCGUCUGCAACAAGUCACCAGCUUCAGGUUCUCCGCCUUGCCGGGGGGACUCCCCCAGGGGUCCCGCUGUGUAGGGAACGGACUGCUUUUCCGCCUGUUGGGAACUGGGCCUGAUCUUAGAAAAGGGGAACGGGUGUUUGCCUACCCCAAUGGCCUCCAUCGAAAGUGGAAGAAGGAUGGCUUGGACCAUCAGCUGCCAGGGGAUGACCCCCACAUCUCCGUGCAGUUUAGGGGUGGACCCCAGAGGUUUGAGGUGACUGGCUGGCUGCAGAUCCAGGCUGUGCGUCCCAGCGAUGAGGGCACCUACCGCUGCCUUGCCCGCAAUGCGCUGGGUCAGGUGGAGGCCCCUGCUAGCUUGACAGUGCUCACACCUGACCAGCUGAAUUCUACAGGCAUCCCCCAGCUGCGAUCACUAAACCUGGUUCCUGAGGAGGAAACUGAGAGUCAAGAGAGUGACGAUUACUACUAGCUCUGGCCCAUGGGGGUGGGUGAGCAGCUAUAGUGUUCAUCCCUGCUCUUGAAAAGACCUGGAAAGGGGAGCAGAUUCCCUUCAUGGACUGCUUUCAUGGGGAUGAUCAUGGGAGGCCUAUUUAACUCCAAGGUAGCAGGGUGGUAGGGGAGAGACAAAAGCUGGAGGAGGUUAGGGAGAGAGGCUGAGACCAAGACCAGUGGGGUAUAAAGGGGCCCAUGCAGGAGAUGCCCUGGCCAGUAGGCCCUCCAACAGGUUGUUCCCCAGGCUGGGAUGGGGGCCAGAGCAGACACGGAGGUGGAGGCACCAGGAUUCUCCACUUCAUCCAGCCCUGCUCCGCCACACUUCUAACUGCCCUUCCUCCCAGGCCCUGGUUCUUGCUAUUUCCUGGUCCCCAAAGUUUACCUAGCUUGUUUGCCCUUUCCCCAAACUCAUCUUCCAGAACUUUUCCCUCUCUCCUAAGCCCCAGUUGCACCUACUGACUGCAAGUCCCCUUUGCUGUCUGCCCUCUUUUGCACAAGAGAGAGCACAGCAGAGCGUGGCUUAGUUCAGUGCAGAGAGAUGGGUGAGGCCAGCUCCAGAUCUUAUACCGCUCUGUACUGGACAAAACCUAGCACAGGGCUAGGCACCAAUAAAGAUUUCUAAUGAUGCACAGACAGAUGCACAGACAGUUUAUGCGGAUGUGCACAUGAAAACUGAAUAUCCUUGGGAGGCCUCCCACACUAACAGAACUCUGGCUUCUAGAAGCUGCAGGGCCUGCUCUCUAAGCACAUGCCUGCCAGAUGUACAGAGAGAAGGUUUGAACUUGGGCCUAUCCUGCCUUUGAGGGAGGGAGGCUGGAGCCAUUUGAUUGGAGGGAAGUUAUCUUCCCGGUAUGCCCUCCAUUGGGGCUGGUAUACAUUACCUGCUUCUGUGCUCAUCUUACUCCAAACCCUUUCCCAGGCCAGAAUGGGGAAUCAGGCCUAUGUGGGUAGGCCCCCAAAAUGAAUGCAUAGAGAGAGGAGGGUAGAAGUUUGGUCACCUGUGUGGUCCAUACUCUUCCCCAGCUCCCAUAGGAAUCUACCCUUUUCCUGCAGAAGCCAGAGCCAUGGUAAGCCUGUUUCCUAUCUGCCCCAAUUGUGACCUGUCCUCUCUGGCUUGGGGUCCCCAAAUCUCUUUCCUCAUUCUCCUUACCUAGCUCAGGGACACUGGUGAGACUCAAUGUUUAUUUAAUGAUUGACGGAGAGAAUGAAAGCACAAGUCAGCGAGGCCGAGACACUGCGUGUGGAUGGCGACAGCCUCCUACACGCCAGCGCUCCACCCAGAUCCUGGCGCCACUGCGGGAGGGCCUGCCCUUGGCUCAGCGUCAGAAUUUGUCCUCUGGGGCCCAACGCAGGGAGCCUGGCCUCAUGGGAGGGGCGUGGUCCGGAACUCCAACCCCAGGGCCUGCUUGGCCGCCCCUCCCGCGGCUACGCACGACUCCAUCUACUGCUGCCUUGCCCCGGGUCCUUAAGCCAGCGACAGUGUUUAUUGCCGAACCCAGGCUGGAGCCGGGCGGCCCCAGGAGCCGCGCACAACAGCGCAAGCGGGUUGGAUACUGGGAGCCGAUUCCAGGGCGCCCACAGAAGCAGAAUCAGAGGGGUAGGCGAGGGUGGGGCGUGCUGUUCGGCACCGUGGCCAAAAUCCACUCGGCGCUGAAAGAGGGAACUUGGGUGUGAGUCCCAGCAUCGGCCAGGGAAUCCGCCCCUAGCUUGUUCUUCGCCCAGCUGGGCUCCAAGGCGCCCUCUGCGGGUCCAUAGCCCCUACCGCGUCCACCUGCAGAGCAGAGGCUCCUCACCAAAAGCCCACCCCACCAGAGAGGGUCACGCAGGUCCCGGGGAAUCCGUACUCCUUGAUCGCGUUAGCCGACUUUGUAGGUGUUCAGGAGCAGCCUCCCAGCAGCCUCAGUUUUCCCUUCCGCCGCCCUGCUGGUUCAAGCCCCACAUCCUGGAAUGGGAGAACUGUUGUCCACCGCCCCCUCCCUCCCCGCACCCCGCCUCUGCUGCAGCGGACCCGCUUUAAUAACGUCGCUGGAAAGUGACACGCGAUUUAUUAUUAAAGUAAUGCGGGCGCGGGGACGGGAAAGGUUUAAUAAACGUGCUGAGAUGCC